AUGUCCGAGCUGUAUGCAAAUAAAGUGUGUCUGUCGCCCAUGGUCCGCGCUGGGACUCUGCCAUUGCGUCUGCUGUCAUUGCGUUACGGCGCUGACCUCGUGUACGGCGAGGAAAUUAUUGACAAGCGCAUUAUCUCCACUGUGCGUGUAUCUAACGAGAUUGUCAAUGCUGUGGACUUUGUUAGUCGAAACGGUGACUCAGUCGUGUUUCGAACGUGUGCCGAGGAGACCGGAAAGGUGGUUUUUCAAAUUGGAACGGCGGAUGCGGUGCUAGCGCUAAAGGCGGCCGAGACGGUUGCACGUGACGUCGCCGCCGUGGAUAUUAACAUGGGCUGUCCUAAGCACUUCUCUGUGCAGGGUGGGAUGGGUGCAGCGUUGUUGCAGAAACCAGAAGUUGCUUGCGAUAUCAUUAAAACACUGCGCCGGAAUCUGAAUAUUCCUGUGUCGUGCAAAAUUCGACUGCUAUCAGAAAUACAAGACACGAUGGAUACUGCAAAGCGCAUGCAAGACGCCGGGGCCUACGCAGUCGGCGUGCACCUGCGGCAGAUUCAUGAGCGUCCUCGUGACAAGGCAAGUUGGGAAAAGCUAGCACCCAUUGUAUCGGCACUGUCAGUUCCUGUGCUCGCGAACGGAGACGUCUUCAUGCAUGAGGACAUCGACGAGUUGCGGAAGAUUUCGGGUGCAUCUUCCGUCCUCAUUGCGCGCGGUGCUCUUGCUAAUCCAUCUAUCUUCCGAAAGGAAGGUCGUUUGCCUGUAGACCAGGUAGUGCGUGACUAUUUACAAGCUGCUGCGGAGGUAGACAAUGUGUAUCAAAAUACCAAGUACAAUGUCAUGCGUAUGAUUCCGAGCUCACUGGAGGAUGCGUACACACGUGGUAAUCAUUAUGGAUAUUCAAGAGGCUCUCAAGUCGUUACUGUCCCUGAACUUGCUGCAACGAAAAACUGCUUGCAAAUGUACUCGUUGUGGGGCUUACAGAACAAUUAUACUCUGUAUCAAGACCAAUUCCGUGCUAAGGCUGCAGCGCUGGAAAGGAACACAAGCUAUGAUGACCAGGUUUUUGAGACAUUAUUGACACUGCCUGGAACGUAUGAUCGGCACGAUGAAUUACUUCAAUCGGAGAUUGAGACGUCAAAAGCUUGCAACAACCGCGCUGGAAAGCCUGAGCUUUUUUGUGAGACGUGCAAAAUCCAACUACAAAGUGAGCAGGAUGUGAAGCUGCAUUACAGGGGCCGGAAGCACAAGAACGUGCUGCGUAGGCAGACUUCCGCUACUAUUUCCAAGUUUGUAGCGAAAGCAAAGCUGGAGCUAGGACCUGCGGAAGGCGAUAGUGUCAACAACGCAGAUAGCACAAGUAUCGCGAGCAGUAAAACUGACACUGAUUAUCGAAAGCACGAAGGUGAGGACGAGCGGGAUUUAAAACGCGUGAAAGCGUGA